AUGGGAGGCCCUCCUAAGUUCUGUGUCCCUCGACGACUCCGACGUCUGUUUAAGAAGAGAAAGGAGUCGUCGAGGGACGUAGAACUAAGAGUCAUUUCCCGUCCCUUCGAUGUGUAUCGCAUCGACAGCAAGGGAGAGGGGGGGGAGAUAGCAAGGGCAACAGGCAACAGAUGCCACAGUAUCUCCCCCCUCCCCCCCAUGGGACGGGAGAAGACCGUCCUUGAAACAUAA